AUGUCUCUCUCUUCUCAGAUUAAUAGUGUUGCUAGAAGCUCUUACUUUCAUAUACGUAGAAUAAAAAAACUUUUGCCUUUUCUUGAUGAUCCUACUCUUCUCCUUCUUGUUACUUCGUUAGUCUUAUCUAGGAUUGAUUAUUGUAACUCGCUCUACUAUGGUCUUCCUGACUCUAUACUCUAUCCUUUAAGUAAAGCUUUUAACUCUGCUGCUCGUCUAGUUGCUCGUGCCCCUUUCUUUUCUCAUAUAUCUCCAUAUCUUGUUCUCUUGCACUGGCUAUCUAUAAAAUAUAGAAUAAUUUUUAAAAUUUGCACGUUCAUGUAUAAGUCUCAAUCUAAAUUAUUUCCUAAGUACUUAUCAGAUAUAUUAAUUGAACCUAAACGCCCCGGUUUACGAUCGUCUUCUUCUUCUCGCUUUUUCUUAACUCGUGUUAAACACUCUUUUGCCAAAUCUGCUUUUGCUUUUUCUGGUCCUUUUCUCUGGAACUCUCUACCUACUUCUCUAACUAUUUCUCCAUCACUUGCGAAGUUCAGAGCGGAUCUCAAGACCCAUCUGUUUUCAAAAUUCAUUGAGGAGCGCUGUUGA